UUGAACUUGAACAGCGCCCCCAUCUCAUUUAACCCCGCCCCUUGUGCACCUUCUUGUAUCAACUACCUGAUCACGUGCCUGACGAGCUAUGGUAAUGAGCAGCAAGUAGUGUCUUCACUUUUUGAUAAGAAACAUGGAUAAAAAGAAGACAAACACAAUUUCCAAUGGGCUCCAUACAGCCAAGCACUUGAAACCUCUGUCUAUUUAUUCCAGGAUGAUCACUUGUGAGCAAAAUUCCUAUCUCCAUCUCCAGAAAGAGUCCUUGAAUCACUUUCUAAAUUUAAAAAUUGAGGUAGUAAAAAAUAGUCUCAAAAGAAAAUUAGAGGAUUGCAGUCCCGAUGACGGUUAUGAGACUCCAGCAAAAAAAGCCUGUAUUCCAAAGGAUUUGUCCCCAGACCUCGGCUACUUCAGCCCUCCUGCAAGAGAGAGCUCUGGGUCGUCUUUUGCCUUCACUCUGCCCGCAUUUUUAAAUGAGACACAAGAUAUUAGCAGUGAAAGUGUGAGCUCUCAGCUACAGUUGGAGAAUGUGAAAUGUGGAUCCUCAACAGAGCCAGGGGUUGAUAAUGGGACUGUCCCGCACAGUUUGAGGUGUGAGAAGGUGCUCCUCAAUGCACCUGCCUUUGACUGUGAUGUUGACGACAUAUUGUCCGUCAAUCCUUUGGGGAAACUGGUGAGCUGUGAAAACAAGCCAGUCUUAAACCCAACUGUGGCACACGGACAAGAAUUGGAAAGAGGAGAUGGACAAGUGGAUGAAGGACGAGAGGAGCUUGAGAGCAAUGUAAAAGAUGAGGUUUAUUUCUCCAUGGCCUACAUUGAGGACCUUAAAAUGGGAAAGAACCCCUCUCAGUCAGUAUACUCUCAGCUGCCUCAAGAUACCUCUAUCCCCCUGCUAGGUGAGGUCGAGGUGUCACAGAAGUGCCAUCCUGAAUGUAUAUCUGAGCCAGGUUGUCAUGAACAAGCUGCUCUGUCACGACGGCACGUUUCCUUCCCAGUCUGUGAUUCGGGUCCUAUUGUAAGUGGGCCAGUGUUGGCGUCUGAUAACUGUCCUGUAGAGACGUUAGAAGAUGAUGUUGAAGAGGCGUGGAAUAUUGGUUCCCCCAUUUUGGAAUCAUCCGUGUUUCAAACCACGCUUCUUGAAGAGGAAUCUACUCUAGACACUUCUUAUGAGACAUCAUUACCCCUCCAAGUUCAGGUGAAAUCGGUUGUGGUGGCUCUUAAUCAGCUCAUGUCCACUAAAACAGCAGCACCUACUCUGGCAAAACAGACCGCCAAGCCCAGCAAGCCGAGCCCAGACAAGAAUAGAGGUUCUGUGUCUGCCAAAUGUGUCAGCAGUGCCAGGAGUCAAAGGCCGGUGAUCUAUGACAGGGAGGUGGACUGGCAGCGUGAGAAACGGCUCUAUGUUCAUUCGGUCACCAGUCACAUGAAGGAGCAUCCAGGAGCAAAUAAAGAUGUCAUGAGUGAGCUGAUGACCCUGAUGACCCAUGUGGCUGACCAGACACCAGGCACUGAUGGCACACAGUGGCAGCAUCCCUCUGAUCUCACACGCAGGAACUACCAGAGACGGUUUGGAAACGAGACUCCAAAAAUGACCCUCCAUGAAUGGCAGUCCAAGAAUGGUACAACACAGAAGCGCUUUGCCAAGGUCCCAAAAAUAUUUGAAAGGAGUUCAUUUCCAUAAAUUAGGAGUUGUAGAGAUUCCUCUUCUAGACUGUUUGUUCUUAAUAUCUCAUAAUAAUUCAACAGGCUGGACUCAGUCCUAUAAAACAAAUAAUCUAAUGUUAUACCAGGUACAACUGGGGCCUCAUAUUAAUGUUUGCACUGUUCUUUGUGGUGUGUAUUUGUGGUUUGUCACGAUGCUUGUUCCUUAAAUUAAUGCAUGUUUUAAGUGGUUUUGAUAUUUUGGAAAUUAUGCUAAGAAACAAGCACUCAAGGGUUUCAAGCAACUUAAAUAACUUUUUUACUGUAUUUGAAACUGUCUGUUUGUUUUUAAUGUGUAUUUAAGUACGUUUUGUACUUCUGCUGUUUGAAAUAUUGGACUUUGUGUUGUGAGUUAAAAGGUAUUCCCCAGUCAUGUUUACUCUGGAUGUGAUUAGAACAGUUCAGACCUUUCACUGACAAGUUUCUUAUCUAUUACUGUUGUUUGGGCAAACAAUAGCUUCACAUCUGUUUCUGCAAGUGAUUCUGAAAAGGCUAGCAGAAUGGAAAGUUCUACACAUUUGGAUUACAUUUUAUUAAAUGUACCUGUUACAUUGUCCAUCCUUUUCCAGGAAGCCAAUACAAUUACUGGAUUACUUCUUUGUAUAACAUGACGCUCAACACAGCGUUUCAUUUGUGAUGUGACUUAAUGCAUCUAAUAUGGGGGCAGGCAGAAAUUGUUUACGGUUUGUGCCGCACAUGCCGUCAGCGAGAAGCAAUUGUUUAUUAAGGUCAGUUCACCCACAUCAUAUAAACAUUUUUCAGCCAUACCCUUAAUUGUAAUGGAGUGUCCAUUAAUGGGGCCCUGACUAAUCUGUCCACAGACCUCCGGACACUUUUAAUUACUUUUAUUAUAACUUUGGGGAAAAAAUAGUUUUAAAUAAAAACUGUUCAUACCAAAGUCUGUGAAUUAUAACAAGCUCAUAAACUCUGCUUUUGAGCUCUUUGAAAGUGAGUUUGUGAGCAUCACAAACUCAGUUCCUGUGUUACUCCUUUUUGAGGAUUCUCGGUGGUUGAUAUUUCGAAACCUGAGCAAUAAACAUGCCCACUGUGUUGCAUGGUAAAAUAUAUUUAGUGCUUUGUGUGAACUGACCUUUUUAAUUGUAGAGCAACAGUGUACUCAGCUGCUGAAAGGCUUCUCUGCAUUGUGGUCUCAUUAAACUCGGCCCCUAGAGUGAGAGCAGGGCUGUGUUUGUGUGGAGGCAAGACAGUGCUGCUGAUGAAGUACUACUAAUAAAACCUAGCCUGUUCAACUUCCACUACUGUUGUCAUCCCCUGAUAAUGUUUGGGGAAUAAUGCUCCGUCUUUGAGAGCUUUUUUUCGUAGUGCAGUGCACAGGUGCAGGCUGACAGAUGUGACCCCAGAGAGCCCAAAUACAUGGAACUUAUCAGCAUGGGUCCCAUUCGUUGAAUAAUGCAGGCUGUUAAAGUACUCUCGUCCGUACAGAUAGCGGGACAGCCUGUCUCUGGCCAGUCAUCCAGAAGGCAGAGGUGUGUCGGUUAGGGACUCGUGACGCAUGCCGUGCAGACUGCAGGGCACGUGUGCAGCUGCAGCUCCUCACGACACCUUCCAACAAUGUUUUGCCCCUCCAGAGUCCUGAGCAGGAUCUCAGCAGUGAUUGUGUUUAUCUUACAUGCCCUACAGUUCUUCUGCGGCUGUGAUGGGUUUCGUCAAAACAGUGCACUGAGAAAUGGAUGUCAUGCAUGUCGGCUCCUAAACCCCACUGCCUCAUAUCGGCUGCUCAGCCAAGCAGUCAAGCCAACGAUCUGCUCUUGUAUUGAUGCACAUACUCUAAUGUAGGACUUGAGUGAGAUCCAAGUGAUUUGUUGUGUUUUGCUAUUUAUGUGUCAUUGAUUUUAAUGUCAUUACAAAUUCAGGCACAAGCUGCUGACUCGACAGUAAAUGUAGUAGCCUGAAACCAUGUUGGGUGAAGUAUCUUUAUAGGUGGAUUAAGGUCUUUCUGUGGCAAAACUCCAUUCCUCCCAACUAACAGUAAGAUACCAAUCGUAGGUCUGUGCUUUUUUUGCUGGAGGAAACUCUUGACAGCUGAAGCCUCAGGUUCACAUGUAUUAUUCACUAAAGCAGGAGCCUGUCUUCCUUGACUCAGAGUUUUCUUUCGUCAUCACCCUGACUUUGGCCAGAAAGGUUUAGACUAUCUUUUAUUUUUUCAAUCACUUAAUGUCUUUGUUUACCAUUGAGAUCAAACUCAGACUUUUGUGGAAAAUAUUAGAUAUUUGUAUUUUAUUGAAGCAUACACAAGUAAGCAUACACCAUAUUCUUAAUUGAAGUUGUGUAACCGUGUGCAUAAUAGUUAAACCAUGCUAGCCCUCUUUAAGCAAUGACUCCUGUACACUUCAUACAAUGAAUAUAAACAUGAUAGCACUAAUAAAGCAGUUUUUCUCUAAACCGUGCUUCUUUGUGGAUCUCAUUUCCUAUAUGUAAAGAACCCAUAAUGAAAUGGUCCAACUUCUCUGUAAUAUCCCGAUGAUGCGUUUCAGUUUCCAGGCCUGUUGGUAGUCUAACACAUAUUGUGUCAUUUUGUUUUGAGUCUCUUGACUGCCCUGCUGUCUCGUCGCAAAGUAGUCCAAUACUGCUACCAAGCAUACAGUAUUAUACGUGCAGCAGCAUGAGAAGACGUCGCACUGAAAUAAGGUCCUCAGUGUUAACGAGUGUUUCGCCACCACAGGGCUCAAGUGGAAUGUUCAGUACGUACAGUCGUCACCAUUUUUAAAUAACUUGAGUCCAGUUUGUUUCUUUAGUGGGAACAGUUGGGUCUAUAUGACUGACGGAGGAAACUCCACGGCACCACCAGGUAUGAAAUGUGUCGACCCUAAUUAGGUACCCAGAUGUCUUUAAUUCACCUAACGUGUAAGACCUCUGUGUAGUUGUUUAACAUUGUGAAACCCACGCCUGUCAAAGUAUAUUCCACAGCUGUUAACCAUCAAACUGCUGGAGUAUCACCUCUGUGUGGGAGAGCUCACUCACACUCUGCUUGUAUUAAGAAGCUGCAACACUUAGAAGAAUCUGUUGCCUUUUUGUAAAAAAUACUUUUGUGCCAAGAGUUGGAUGAGAAUAUCGAUCUCACUUAUGUUUGUACGCUUAAUAUGAAGCGCUGUUUGCAGAAUGUAAGCUCAACUACGCCAUAUAGCUGCUGGCGGUAGCUUCAUAUUUAUUGUACAGAUAAAGGGAAGUGGUAUCAAUAUUCUCAUCUUACUCUGCAAGAACGUGAAAAAACAUUUCCCAAAAACGGUAAAGUUGGACAACAACCUGACACAAGUGGAUGUUUACUAGGAUAUAAUAAGGAACACAGUUUACAGUGGCAACAUAAUUUGGAGUUGAUGAUUCUCAGCUGAAGUAAACCUCUCAUGUUGCUCGCUGAAGUUUUACUCAUUCAAGCAACAGAAGUGCAAAGUACAUUUAACAAAGUGCCCACAGGGAUUAUGUCGUUUGGAAAUGUAUUGUUGGCACACUUAAGACAUGGCCCGAGUUCAAAGAAACCAUCCAGGGAGACUAUCAUCAUUAUCCCUAACUGUGUGGAUGGCUGUCUAUCGAUCGGAGAGCUACCGCUGCAGUGUUCUCGGGGAGAAAUGGAUUCAACCUUCAGCCACAGAAGUUUUUUGGUGAAGUGCAGCAGAACACAGUUUUAAGGUUUCACUAAGUUUGUCAUUUAACAACAGCUGAACGUCUUAAUCAGUCAGAGGCCACAUUCUGUCUCCCGUUUCCCACAAUGUGAGUUUACUUUAAACCCGCUCCUGCAUCUGACAUGAGUCAGUGCUCAUUGGAGGAGCACAACCUGGAGCUUUUCCACUCGUAUUAAGAGUGGAAAUAAAAGGAGAGGGAGUGAUAAAAGCCAUCAUUCUACCCACUCGGCUCAACCUUCAUUGCUCUCUUAACCACCUUUUCUGCCUCUCUUCAAUCACACUCCACGCUGUGGGAGUUGUGACCUGCUGUGUUUGUUCACACACGUAUUUGUCUGAGUUUUACAACCAGUGACCAGCGAGAUGGAGAGGGAGUCCGUGCAGAACAAGAGAAGCAGCUGUUCAAUACAGAUUUCCAGCCGCUGAAAGUCUCAACCGUCGUGUUUGGAUGAUUAUUCCAGCACUUUUCAUAUUUUUCCUCAUCACAAAAGGUAUUUCUGUCACAUAAACGGCACAAUGACAUAAUAGAAAUACAUAACAGUGGAG